GAGUGAAGCGGCAUUAUGUCUGGCAGAGGGAAAGGAGGCAAAGGACUGGGCAAAGGCGGAGCCAAGCGGCACCGUAAAGUGCUCCGUGAUAACAUCCAGGGCAUCACCAAACCGGCCAUCCGCCGUCUGGCUCGGCGUGGCGGCGUCAAGCGGAUCUCGGGUCUGAUCUACGAGGAGACCCGCGGGGUGCUGAAGGUUUUCCUGGAGAAUGUGAUCCGGGAUGCGGUCACCUACACCGAGCACGCCAAGCGCAAGACGGUCACUGCCAUGGAUGUGGUGUACGCUCUGAAACGCCAGGGCCGCACUCUCUAUGGCUUCGGCGGUUGAACAAACCUUCCUUCUUCCAAACACAAAACAAAGGCUCUUUUAAGAGCCGCCCACCAACUCACGGAGAGAGCAGUAACAGGGGAGAGCAGAUCGAAGGCCAUUGACCUGAAAUGUUAACUCUUCAAUAUGCGAUUUAAGUUUGAAACAAAAAGUUGAUGAGGUUGUCAGGUAGUCUUUUACAAUUACCCUAAGGGUACUGUCUGAGCGGUAUUGGGUCCCGAAAUAUACAUGUUGCA